AUGUCUCAAACAAUCAAGACUGUCAGUAUUCCCAACAUUGCGUGGGCGACUGCGGCCGAUAUUCAAUUUCCGCCCAAUUUUGACAACAACAAAAAGUAUCCUGCUGUCGUGAGCGCUCACCCCAUUGGUUUAUGCAAGGAGCAAACCUCGGGCAAUAUCUACGGGAAAGCAUUAGCCGAAGCGGGCUUUGUGGUUUUCCGCGUCUCCGACUUCCGCUUCGUCGUCGACUACAUUCAGACGCUCCCUCAUGUCGAUGCUGAUCGAAUUGGAGUUCUUGGAAUUUGCGGUGGAGGCGGCUAUGCCAUCAACGCAACCAUGACGGUUCAUCGUUUAAAAUGCUGCGUUGGCAUCACGCCUGUCAACUUUGGUCGUCUCUCCCGCGAGGCGUUUAGCAAUUACGACCCGGUUGACGCUCUCGAAAAGAUGGCUAAGCAGCGUACUAUUGAAGCUCAAGGUCGUGAACGUCUUGUUAUUAACUUACUACCACCAAGUGCAAGUCAUGACGAGUUUGUUUCUAAUGACGUUACACCGGCCGCAUAUCAUUUCUAA